AUGGGCUGGAUACCUUCAAUUUUUGGGGGUCAGAAUUCCAAUGACCCCCUCGAAAAUCUCGAUCCGAAGCUGCGAGAAUUCUUGCAGAAAGAAUCGCCUGUCAAAUAUCCCGUAAAGGAGAGUCCAACAGCACCCGCGCCGAAACGCGACACCACAAACCAGAGCCAGCCUACAGACAAUCAAAGCUCGCCUGAGGGCAGUCUAUAUAAAGAUGGCAGAUAUGCGCACCUUUGGAAAAACUACAAGCCUCUGGCCCAGAUCGAGGACGAAGGAGCAACAGAUCAUGACAAAUUAAUGAACGUCCUGGAGGGUUUUAAGGAGCGGAAGAAUGCGAUUAGCAAGGCUGCCAUGGAGAACUGCGCUAUUCAACAAGAAGAAUGGGUAAACUGCAUGAAAAACGGCAGCUGGAAGGAUCAAUUGCAAAUGUGCCGACAUCAAGUUCGGCGGUACGAGCGGUGCUACACUAUGCAAGCACGUUUCCUAAAAGCAUUGGGCUACGGAUCUGUUUUGGGACGCUCGCCGCAGAUCGAAGAUGAUAUCCAAAUGCACGCUGAUACUCUGUUCCAGCGCAUGUUGAAACAUGAGGAGGCUGUCGAGCAGGCCAAGAAGGAUGGUACCCCUAUUCCUAUUUUCGAAUCUGGGGUGCCUAAAACUGCAGCGGCAGCGGUUAACCCCAAUGAUGAACUCCAAAAGAAGUGGAAGGAUAAGCUUGAGAAGCUGCCUGAGGAUGAGAGAGAGGCGGAAGAGGCUGCCUUGAGGGCAGAUUUACAAGCCAGCUCUGACGUUGCAGAGCGUGUCAAGGGCAUUUAUCAGCAAAAGCAAGACGAGCGAGAUGCACGGCAGGCGGCUGGUCAAGCUACGUUUUCAGAUACCAUUUCUGCGCUGCUGAGCGGAAAGGGAAGAUCAUGA